UUGAAGUUGGGCAAAAGAAAAAGUUAGCCAGCAGCUUCCAAGCGAAGAGCAAACACAAAGACGACGACGCUCGUGUUGAAUGAUCAGACUCCUCAACUUUUUAUUUCAUUUGAGCCUGCCACUCGCGGCACGCCCAACACACUUUUGAUUGACUUCUCUGGCUAAAGCUGCUUUCUUCAAACUUGGCAAGAUGUUUUUUAGUAGGACUUGGUUGGUCCUUUUCUUUUUCCCUUUGGUGACAACAGCUCAGUAUCAAGGAGACAACGGAAUUGUCAUCCCGGAGCAUGGAUUUUGCCAACCAAUCUCCAUACCUUUGUGCACAGAUAUUGCCUACAACCAAACCAUCAUGCCCAACUUGGUUGGUCACUACAACCAAGAGGACGCAGGGUUGGAAGUCCACCAGUUCUACCCAUUGGUGAAGGUACAGUGCUCCCCGGAGUUGAAAUUCUUCCUCUGCUCCAUGUACGCACCAGUUUGCACAGUCCUGGAGAAGGCCAUCCCGCCUUGCAGGUCCAUCUGUGAAAGGGCCAAGCAGGGUUGCGAGGCCCUCAUGAACAAGUUCGGCUUCCAGUGGCCUGACCGACUCCGCUGCGAGAACUUCCCCGUGCUGGGUGACGGUCAGAUUUGCGUGGGACAGAACGACUCAUCCGCCGCCACUGUCCCGCCCUUGUCCAUACCUGGCACCCAGGACGUGUCAGUAGUGUCCGGUCUGGACAAGCCCUUUCGUUGCCCCGCUGCGCUGGUGGUUCCCCCUUACUUGAACUACAUGUUUCUGGAGGAGAAGGACUGCGCCGCCCCGUGCGAACCUGCCCGGGGCGGCGGGUACAUGUUUUUCACCGACAAGGAGAUCCACUUCUCACGCAUCUGGAUUCUCGUCUGGUCGGUCCUGUGCUGCGCGUCCACGUUAUUCACGGUCACCACAUAUUUAGUGGACAUGCAGCGAUUCAGGUACCCCGAGAGGCCCAUCAUCUUCCUGUCGGGCUGCUACACCAUGGUCUCCAUCGCUUAUAUCGCAGGGUUCUUCCUAGGCGACAAAGUGGUGUGCAACGAGAGCUUUAACCCAGACGGCUACAAAACUAUCGUGCAGGGCACCAAGAAGGAAGGCUGCACCAUCCUUUUUAUGAUGCUCUACUUUUUCAGCAUGGCCAGCUCUAUCUGGUGGGUCAUCCUGUCGCUGACCUGGUUCCUGGCAGCGGGGAUGAAGUGGGGCCACGAAGCCAUCGAGGCCCACUCCCAAUACUUCCACCUGGCGGCCUGGGCGGUGCCGGCCGUCAAAACUAUUAGCAUCCUGGCCAUCGGUCAGAUUGAGGGCGAUGUGCUGAGCGGCGUGUGUUUCGUCAGCCUCAGCAACCUGGACCCCCUGCGAGGUUUCGUCCUGGCGCCGCUCUUCAUCUACCUCUUCAUCGGAACUUCCUUCCUCCUAGCCGGCUUCGUCUCGCUCUUCCGCAUCCGCACCAUCAUGAAGCACGACGGCACCAAGACGGAGAAGCUAGAGCGCCUCAUGGUGCGCAUCGGCGUCUUCAGCGUGCUCUACACAGUGCCCGCCACUAUUGUCAUCGCCUGCUUCUUCUACGAGCAGGCCUUCCGCCCGCACUGGGAGCGCAGCUGGAUCAGCCACAGCUGUAGGAGCCUUGCCAUCCCUUGUCCGGCGCAGACGGGGCCUCGCAUGACGCCCGACUUCACCGUCUACAUGAUCAAAUAUCUGAUGACGCUCAUUGUGGGCAUCACCUCCGGUUUCUGGAUCUGGUCCGGGAAAACUCUGCACUCUUGGCACAAGUUUUACACCAGGCUGACAAACGGCAAACACGGAGAGACCACCGUGUAGGAUGAAGGGCUCGCCGCGAGCUUUCGGACAGACUGAUUUGUGCUUGUAAUGGCGGCUGCGUUCUUCGGGAUCCCUGGACACGAAGCUAAAAAGCGUUUGGGUUUUGACCAAAUAGUGAACAAGGCCAGAACAGGACAGCCUGAUUGAACAAAACACACACCAAACAUGGCCAAUGUCGCCAUAUGCUGAAAUGCUUACCUCUUGUUCCUCCUUCCAAGACUGGAGCGCAAUGAGCAUUUCACAUGUAAUUAAACCCAAGUGUAAAUAAUAUUUGUAAAAACAUGAAAUUAUAUAUUUGUAUUUAAGAAAUACUACUUCUUUACUGUCAGCGUACCUGCUUCUCUUUUGCACUGCGACAAAGCCAAAUAGAUCCGUUUUUUUUUUUUUUGCCAUAAAAAAAAAAUCCUUGUAAGAAUUUCAAGUUUUGUUUGUCAACAGAAUGUAAAAAUGACCCACUUUACAUCAUUUCUGUAUGUAGUCACUUUAUAUGGAAGCUACUAAAUAUUCUUGUGUAGUAAUACAACUAACAUAAAUGAGCUCAUGCUAUUUUUCUGAAUGAUGCAGAUAUAAAUCACUUCAUGUCAUGCAUGCUUUUCUAUUUUCUCCUUUUUAAUUCCCCUUACAUCCUGGGAGGUUGUUCUUCUCAAAAUAGAACAACAACCCUGAUUGGAGAUAUCAUCUAGUAUUUAAAAUGCGGGCAGACAGGAAGCAUCAUUCAGCGGCACAAUGUCAGGCGGACAUUGAACGUGGCACAACUUGCCUCUGCGGGCUAGUGGAAUAGCGUUAUGCCUAGCAGCUGAACUGUACAAAAUAUAAACAUCAGUGUGCUGUGCACCACUUCAAGAUUAGAUCACACCAAAAUGAACAAUCCUUCAUUGUUUGGGACAUUUUCAGUAAAUUGUUGAGACGAUAAUUGCAGUUUUGCUAACCAAACUGGGCUGUUGUAAAGCGGGUUCUUGUCACUUGUUUGUAUACAUUUGAGAAAUGUCAAUUUUUCUGUUGAUGUUCAAGAAAUACCAAUGUUGUGGAAAUUUAUUAGGAAUUUGCACAAAACCGUGCAUCGUGUUAGCCAAAUUUGUGGAACACCUGCAGUCUUUUUUAUGUGUUUUUAAACAAUUUCCUACUAAAUUCUCCAGGAUGGCGUUGAACCAAAAUGUGUUGAGUCCAAAAAUUGAGAUUAAAA